CUUCAUGCUGGAGCUCAGUCCUCCUGAAACAUUCUUCCUGCACAGCGACGACUCAGCAUUCUACCUCUGUGUUUAGAGAGCAGGCUGCUAAUACCUCGAGAGGUUUCUUUGCACUUCGAAAUAAUCCAAAGUUCAGACAAGCUGCAGGAAUUUCAAAGUCGAUUACUGGGUCCAACACAUGCAGCAACAGGGCAGCUUUUACUGCUGUUUAUUUUUUGAUUUUUUUCUAUUUAUUUUUUUGAGGAGUCAAGAACACUUUGCCAGGAUUUUAUCUGAUGUGACAAUAUCAUGAGCUUUUUUAUGAAGGAGCUGCUUUCAAAAAACAUUGUUUUAAAGAUGUUUUAUGUUACAAAAGAAGACUAAGUCAACAGAGGAACCUAAAAACCCCAGGACCUUCCAUUAGCAUUCAAGUCGGCUUGUAGAGUUCUACAAGAACAAACUAUGGCGUUUGGGGACCUCCUGGAGCAGGUGGGCAGCACAGGACGCUUCCAGAUCCUGCAUGUGACCCUCCUGGUCAUACCUGUCCUGUUGAUGGCUAGUCACAAUCUGCUGCAGAACUUUGUGGCCGCCGUGCCCGCUCACUACUGCAGCGCUCAAACUAACCUCUCUCAGUCCCGGCUGAGUGCGGAGCAGACGCUGUUGAUCACGGUGCCGCUGGACAAGAAUGGAAGGCCGCAUAGGUGUCAGCGUUACGUCACUCCACAAUGGCACCUCAUAGCUGAGAACGGGACCUCCAGCUCAGGGAACCAGGGAGACGCUCAGGAUGAUGGGGUGAACAUUGACCUGCAGGGAUGCACAGAUGGAUGGUCCUACAACAUGACUGAGAUGACCUCCACCAUCAUAUCUGAUUGGCACUUGGUGUGUGAUAUGCGCUCUUUGAAGGAAAUGGGUCAAACAGUCUACAUGGGAGGUGUGCUUUUGGGAGCUUUUAUCUUUGGAGGUCUGUCAGACAGAUACGGACGACGCAACCUCCUGCUUUUUUCUAACCUGCUGAUGGCCGUGUCAGGAACGUGUGUCGCUUUCUCCCCCUCCUUCUCGCUCUUCUGCCUGUUCCGGUUUAUGUGUGGCAUGUCUCUGUCCGGCAUGGGUCUCAACACCUUCUCGCUCAUUGUGGAGUGGAUCCCCACUCGCAUACGGACUGUGACGGGGACAUUAACAGGUUACUGUUACACGGUGGGACAGCUGAUCCUGGCGGUCAUAGCCUACUUCAUCCGAGACUGGAGGUGGUUGACCCUGACUGUGUCUUUGCCCUUCUAUGUUUUCUUCCUCUACUCAUGGUGGUUUCUUGAGUCUUCAAGAUGGUUGGUCCUGAGUAAUAACUGUGAGGAAGCCGUCAAAAACCUUCAAAGCGUGGCCAGAUUUAAUGGCCGGCAAGAGGAGGGAGAAAAAAUUGACGUUAAAAUGGUGCAGGAAUCUAUGAAGAAAGAGUUGUCCUCUUCGCACGGCAACUACACCAUCCUUGAUUUGUUCCGCACCACCACGAUGAGGAAUAUGACACUCUGCCUUAGUGCUGUCUGGUUAUCAACAAGCUUCGCCUACUAUGGUCUUUCUAUGGAUCUGCAGAAAUUUGGGGUGAACAUCUACCUAAUCCAAGUGAUCUUUGGAGCUGUCGACAUCCCUGCUAAAGUCGUCAUAACUGUGACUAUGAGUUACAUCGGAAGGCGGCCAUCACAGUGCGGUGCUCUCAUAUUGGCUGGAGUGACUAUUCUGGCCAACGUGCUGGUACCUUAUGAUCAACAGACUGUGCGCACCAGUCUGGCUGUGAUGGGUAAAGGUUGCCUUGCUGCCUCCUUUAACUGCUGCUACCUUUAUACUGGAGAGCUGUACCCCACAAUCAUUCGUCAGAAUGGUAUGGGCUGGGUGUCUAUGAUGGCUCGUGUAGGGGCUAUGGUGGCCCCGAUGGUCCUUCUCAUGGGGGACUACAUGCCCUGGUUACCAGGUGUGAUCUACGGAGGUCUUCCUAUUCUCAGUGGAGUGGCUGCAGUAUUCCUCCCUGAAACACGUGGAUCGCCCCUUCCAGACACAAUACAGGACGUGGAGGACAGGGGAUCUGGGAGAAGCUCCAAAAAGACACCAAAGGAAGCAGUAAUCUUGCAAGACAUUCAGUCGAAUCUCCUAAAGCAGACUGCCUGAGGGCAUCGCUGCUCUACUCCUGACAUUUUUACUGACAUGUUAAUGAAACUUGAGUGGGUGCUGCUUCUUUUUCUGGCCUGCUUAUUUGUUUGAUUUUUCCUUUUUGAGCGUGUUAUUAGUCAUGAACGCUGGAACAAAUGGAGUUUCAAUGUUAUUGUUAACAGGUCAAACAGUGAAAUGAAUAGCUUAAAAAAAACUGACUUUUAUAUUUGAUGUCCAGUAGAUUAGGUCUCUGAAGUAAUGUUUAUAUUUUAUAUGUGUGUAUACA